CGGGAUUUGAUGACCGUUACGUCGUGCUCGCUAUGAUGGUUGUUGUUGUGGUUGCUGUGCAUAGCCUAGCAUGUUUCCUUACUAUAACAGUGUGAUUUAACGACGGUUAUACAUCCAUGAAACCGACAGACUCGGAAGAAGAUGAAGCAGAGCAGCCGUGCACUAGGCAAAAGGAGCUGAGGCAGCGGGCCAACCAGAGCAUCCAGCAGCUGAGCAGUGCACUGCAGCAGCUGGACCCGGAUGAAGAGCAGGCGGAGGAGGUCAGAGGUGGCAGUGAAGACCGCUUCACCACCACCAUGGCCGAAGAGGACAAGGCUGCAUGGAGCCAAAAGUCACAGAGUGAAGCAGUUAAUCAGCUGAAGAGCCUUCUGCUUAAGCAGGGCAGAGAAAUUCCCACAGCUCUCUCCCCGUCUAAGAAACAGUCUCCAUCCAAGAGAGUGCAGCAGGAGGGGAAGUCCAGUUUACCUGCCUUUCAGGAUUUGGUUCCAGUGUUUCACAAGUCAGAAUACAUUCAACAUCUAGAAGCUGAGGUCAAAUUCUGUAAGGAGGAGCUGGAGGGAAUGAAACAGCGGAUUAGAGUAGUGGUGGUGGAAAAUGAGAAGUUGCAUUCAGAACUGAAAGCCAGAGCUGUGGAUGAGUCUCUGAAAGAUUACACGAUCCGAAACUCCAUGAUGAAUGAAACUAUUGCCAACAGCCACAUAGCCUCCAUUAGAGACCACAGUGUGCUACAGAAAGAAGAACACAACACAUGGAAAAAUGAGCUGGAAAAACUGAAAGUGAUCUACCAGGCCCAGAUGGAAAGCUUGGAGGCGCAGGUCAUCGCUCUCAGGAAGGAUCUGUCAGUCAGUCAGAGGGAGUGUGAAGAGGUGAAGCUUCGCCUGAGACACAGAGAGAAGCAGGCCGCAGAUGCACUGAGGGCUGAUGGAGCUCCUCGUGUAGCAGGAUUGUGCCUGAAGUGUGCACAGCAUGAAGCUGUGUUGGCUGGGACUCACACAAAUUUGCAUGUCCAGGCUAUUGACAGACUCACAAAAGAGCGUGAUGAGUUACUGGUGGCUCUGCGUACUGUAAGGGCCAGUCAGCAAGAGGCACAACAGAGGGAGUGGUCAGCUUGUCUCCAGGUCAAACAGGCUGUGGAGAUGGCAGAGGAAGCAAACCUGCAGAAAGCCAGGGUGGAGGUGCAAUGUGAGCAGUUAUCCAGGGAGCUGGCUCGACAGCGGGAACAGCUCGACCGAGAAGCACACGGUUUGCAGAAGAGACUGGCUGAGGCCAGAGAGGAGGGCCGAGCUGAGGCCCGCAGCCAAAAGGAGGAUCUGAUGAAUACAGUGUCUGGCCUUUCUCAGCGCAUUGCUGAGUUGGAAGGACAGCUAGACAGAGCUCACAGAGACAAGAGUUCACUGACCAGUCAGCUGGAGGACACGCUGCGCACACUUUCCAGUCAGGAACAAGAAAAUACAAAGGUAUGUGUGGAUCUGAGAUAUCAGCUCAGCCAGGCCGCGCUGAAGAAAGAGGAGGCAGAGAGAGAGCUCAGAGAGCUCAACGCCAAGACCAGCAGGCAGAUGGAAAAGGCUGCGCAGGAAGUGGAAAGGCUGAGCUCAGAGCUGGUUGGCUGUCGGCAGCAUCUGGAGGCGGUCCAAAAGGACGGGAGCCAAUGGCAGGCCGAAGCCCUGAGCCUAGCAGAACAGCUGGCAAAUGCCCAGCGCCAACUGCACCUCACCAGACAGGACAGAGAGAGUGCAGACCGGGCUCACGAAGAGGAAAUGGCAUCUGUGACUGACUCAGCACGGGAAAGGGAGAGAGAGCUGACUGUGAUGCUGCAGCAAACAGAAUCCGAACACCAGGAGAGAGUUGGAGAGUUGGAUGGUCUCCUGAGUUCCCAGAAUUCCCUCCUUGGGAAGCUGAAUGAGGAGUGCUGCAACCUGGGGACCAAAUUGGAAGAGCUGGCCAAAAAAAGCAGACGCGAGCUGGAACAGCUGGCACUGGAGAAACAACACUUGGAGGAAACAGUGAAGAAUCUGAGAGCUCGCUGCUGUGAUAUGGAGGAACAGUGCGUCCAGCACGGUCGCAUGCACCAGCGCAUGAAGGACAGGCUGCAGCAGUUGGACCGUCACUGUCAGAGCAGCGCCCAGCAGGUGUGUGAGUUGCUGGCCAAACAGAACCAGCUGAUGCAGGAGAGAAACACACUGAGUGAGGAGAUGCAGAGCCUACGCAUCGAGCUACCGAACAUGAGACGCGCUGAGACUCUGUCCACAUGAGUCUGUCUCGACGGUUUCCUUUCAUCGCUCUGUGGAUAAGGAUGUUCUGUUAGUCUGUCAACAAGAAAAACUGUUGUUUACUAAGAGGACAUUUAUGUGUCAAUGUUGUAAUUAUUAUUGAUGGGUCGAGUAUUUAAACCAUGGUCCCCCCCCCCCACUUCAAAAUGUAUUUUUACAUUAAUAAAUGAAAACCCAGUUCACUAAUGAGCUUUCUCAAUGGUUAAAAUGAUGCAUUGCUCAAUGUCCAAUAGGAUGUGUCCUGGAUUGAGUGGGGAAAAAAUAACUGUAGAGAUCAGCAUCGAAAAUGGCUUCCAUUACAGGAAAUUUGCCAGGAAAUUUUGAGCACAAGGUUCUUCCUUAAACCUCUGAUAAAUUACACCUGAUAAAUUACAAAUAGUAGUAAUAGAUAUGCACUUGAUUUAUAUUAAAGAUUUCUGGUGACAUGUCCAGAGUUUACCCAUCUUUUGCCCCAUGUCAGCUGGGAUGGACUCCACAAAGAUCCCACAGAGCAAACAAAAAAUCGACACCAUGGCAGCAGAUUGACAUAGUGCUUUAUUG